CCCGGAAGUUACGAGGAUGUGUGGGGCACGUAGCAGAAUCGUGAAGAAGGGGAGUCUUGCAGUGCUGAAACCCUAGGGCAGCACUACUUGCGAAGUCUCGUCGACCCUGGAACUUCACGAUCGCAUCACGACGGGUGUGGCGACGCAGAGGAGAGGAGAGUUGAUGCGGCUGGCUCUUCGGAAUGUGAUAAUCCAAGUUUUUAGAGAAGGAGUCAACCUAAAUCCUGCUUCGUUUUGUUGUACAGCUUCAAGUGUUGUUAUUUCGUCGACGACAGACUUGACGAUGGAUACUUCGACGGAGGAUGUUGCAAUGGUGGAUGCUGCGCUGCCUUCUAUUGGUGUAUUGCAGCUCAUCAAGGGAGCGCAAGCCCAACAUGGUCUCCGACAUGGUGACUACCAGCGUUACAGGAGGUAUUGUACAGCGAGGCUAGCGAGGCUGUACAAAUCUCUGAACUUCACGCAUGGAAAGGGAAAAUACGUGAAGAAGCCGAUUACUGAGGCCACUGUUACGAACGUUAGAUACCUUCAUAUAGUGCUGUAUCUGGCUGAACGAGCCUGGAGUUAUGCUAUGGAGUUAAAGCAGGCAACUGGAACUGGAUCUUCCCGAAAGCGUAUUCACUUGAUUCGCCGCCUAGCGAAAGCUGCUCGUUGGGGGGAGCUUUUUUCUCAGCUUUGCACCAGUAAAGCAGACUCACGGACAGCUUUAGAAGCAGCUGCCUAUGCAGCUUACAUGAAGGGCAACCUCUUGCUUGAGCGAGAAGAUGAUUGGGACGUAGCUUUAAAGAAUUUCAAGAACGCCAGAGCUGUUUAUGAAGAGCUUGGGAAGUAUGGUGAUGUCGAGAAUCAAGUGCUUUGUCGACAACGUGUGGAGGAGCUGGAUCCUAGCAUUCGUUACUGUAAUUACAAAAUGGGAAAUGUUAAUAUUCAAGGUUCUGAUCUUCUUGAUCUGAGAAACCAGGAAGGGCCUGGACUGGAUUUGCUUCAGUCAAAACUUCAGGCGGUGAUAGAAGAGGCACGUUCGAAACAAGCAGUUACCAUAACUCAACUUGAAUGGCUGGAGUAUAAGCUGCCUGUCAACAAUGAGAAAACACGUCUGUGCAUUGUGAAAGGGCAAGAGCUGGAGAAAGAUACAGUAGAAUCCUCCUCAGAUUCGCUAACCACGGAAAAAAAGCUUGCUGUUUAUGACAAGAUUUUCGUUGCAUAUCAAGAUGCUAAGAGGCACAUUCGUGAUGAUCUGGUUAGGGCUGUGAGUACGGAAGAUGUCAAAGAGGAACUCACACUUCUGGACAAAGCUGUGAGCAGCAUCCUGCUGCAAAGAACAAUUGACCGGAAUCUAGUUCUGGUUGCUGGAGCUAAAGCACGUCUGACCAAGCAGCAGCAAGGUUCACGUGAAGAGAAAGGAGAGAAGCCAGCCAAGCCUGAAGAUCUAGUGCGCUUGUACGAUAUUCUUUAUCAGAACGUUUCAGAUUUAAUAGAUCUUACUACGUCAGGCCGAGAGCAGAAAGCAAGUGAGGUUGCUUUCGCCAAGGAGCUUGAAGUCAGACGAGAAGCCUUCCAAGCAGAAAGGUGCUUUUAUUUGGCCCAAUUUUACAGCGUUGCAUCCAAGUUUCCUGAGGCCUACCUGCUAUUCAAACGCUCUGAACAACGUGCUGACUCGGCUGCCAAGAAGCUUACCUUUGACAAGAGUUUACGCCAGGAAGCUCAGCAAUUGAAAGAAAGAAGUAGAGGAGAGGCAUCCCUAGUGCACGCCCGGGCGGUGGCUGAUGAUUCGAAAGUCCACGAGUCAUUACAGAAGGGAGUGGCUUCAAUGAAGUUGAAGGAACAAACUUCGAAUGAGGUCCAGUUUUUGGUGGACAAUUUGGAGAAAUUCGAGGCAUUUGUUGGUGCUUCGGGGUCAAAGGAUCCGCCAAGAAUAGCUCAGAUCCCACCUCCCUUUCAGUCUGUGCCUUGUCGGCCCAUUGUUUUGGAUACUGCACUUACCACCCUGGAGUUCCCUUCUUUGCAAGGACGACUGAAGAAGUUGGAAAAGAAAAGCUCCUCCUUUUUUGGGUUGUGGAAUCGUGGUAAAUAGCUUGGUACGUGAUAAAGGGUAUAAAAAGAUAGUUUUGUAACAUGUUUUUGUUCCAAUCAUGUCUUCAUUUGAGUCUUUUUGAAUUUGGUGGUGUAGUGGUAUCAAACCCUUCUAUUUCAUCCUUCAGCGGAAAUUAGAGUAAAAUGUUGCAUGAGGUACAUUAACUGUUCACUGAUAUCACUGGGAACCGAUUAUUUUUAUAGUACUUGAACUCACAUUCAUUGGUGUGGACGUGGAUUUUCCGACCACCAAAGUUUGGUUGACUUUACUCUCUGAUUUGGAUGAUGACUGUCAAAUCCAAUGAGCUGUCAAUGGGCAGUAAAGUUUUAAUACUUAGAAUGUA